CCUUUGAAAAGUGGCAGCUUCAGGGGCAAGCUGAGUUCCCGCAGGAAGAGGGAGUUCAUGCCCGAGGAGAAAAAGGACGCUUCUUACUGGGAAAAAAGACGGAAAAACAACGAGGCCGCCAAACGGUCACGCGAGAAGCGACGCUUCAACGACUUGGUGCUAGAAAGCAAAAUGUUGGCGCUCAACGAGGAGAACGCCUGCCUCCGGGCCGAGCUCCUCACUUUAAAGAUGAGGUACGGCCUCAUCAGCUCCACAGCCUAUGCCCAGGAAGCCCAGGUCCUGCAAGGCUGCAUGCAGAAGUACUUUGCAAGGCAAAGAGCAAUAGAGAUGGACCCUCACUUUUUGGAACUAGACACCCCAUUUCUGAGGGAUGGCUGCUGCCAUAAUCACAUGAGAUACACCUCAGGAAGGAUGCCUGUCGAUUCCAUUGACUCCACUUCCCAACAUAUCCGCGAUAGCCCACUUCACAUAAGAUGCACUAGCCCUGCAUCGGUUAAAAUGCAGAAACAACACCCUAUAGAAAUUUCGAUGGAUGAGUCUACAAUACAUAAAACUUCGUUGAAUCAGAUAAUAUAUUCCAGAUACCCCCAUCCAUUUAAUGAAAGCUAUCCCUAUUACAGGCCUUCAAGUGCUUCUCCAAGUGCAACAGAGGCGGACAAUAAAAACAAUAAAAGAGAGUCAGAAGAUGAUGCAGAAGAUGAACAACAGGUCCCUAAAAUACAUCCUUUUUCUCCUGUCAAUAGCUGUAGAUUUGAAUGCUCUACAACCUCCAAGUCAAGUAGUUCUGCCCUUCCCCACAAACUGAGAAUUAAGGCAAAAUCAAUGAUUGCAAAAGAAGAAAAGGAUGAUGCAGUAUUUGAUCUUGAGAUGUCAUGGAAGGAUGAACCCCGCCUUGCAAAGACUAGAAGUGCUUCACUGACUGAGAUUAGAGGCAUGGAUGUGAGUUUCUGUGGAGGUAUUUGCAAUUACAAAGCAGCAUUUAAACCUGUUAUUCCAUUAUCUAUUUGUCAUUCAGUUUAAUUGAAGGCUUUGACCAUCCAUUGAACUGAGUUUAUUCAGUGUUUAUUAAUUCUACUUUCCUGAAUAAUAUGCUUUUGAAACAUGCAAUUUGGAAAAAAGUGUCAUUUUAAGUUGUAGAGUAAGCUAAAGCAAUUUUUAAGGAUCAAACGGCUGAAUGGCUCACUCCUAUUUUUAUUUCUUAAAUUCUUAGUGUCGUGGACAAAAAUGAAUGUGAUAUUGGUAUGACCUGUUCCAGAAAUAUUCUUAUAGUGAGAGAGAAUAAUUAAUUAAAUUGUAGCUUUUGUGCAUUUAUUAUAUGUUAAUAUUAAAAAAUUUACUUCAUUUAUACCACUGGAAUUUUUUUCUCUGAUCACUUUCUUCGCAAUAUCAUAAACAAGUGAAUUUUUAGUGGAAAUAUAAAAACACUUUGUAAAAUACAUUUACAGAUUUGAUAAAAAUGGUGAGCAAUGAAAUGGAGAAUUAUGAAGUAGAUUCUCAUGGUGUUAUAAUAAUGCUAUUAAAGUUGCUGCCAAUAGCUUUUUAGUGACUUGCCUGUUUUGUGCCACACCCAAUCUGAUAUGUUUAAAUUUAUAUGCACUGCAUGAACAAAAACAAACUGUAUUGGGGAAAAAAGAUCG